CGGAAAACGGGUAACUUGGCUCAACGCCAGUAGAAGCCAGUUUAUGUCCGUUUGCCUGUGCGCUGUGAACGCGAGUGAAGCUCCUUUGGUGAUCUUGAAGCUCGUCGACAAUUAAAAAGUUAUUGAUAACAAAAGGAAUUGGAUUCGGGAUCGAUGAUUUCCAGUCGUCGAUCGAAUUUAAGGAGAUAUUGGAUUUGUUUAAAUAAGGGAAAUCGACUUUUAUCAAAACGGCGCAAAAGAAGCUGUAUAAUUAUAUUCUUCAGGGAUUAAUUGUAAGAUGGGUGCCGGGAGCAGCAGCUUGCCGGUAAACCAGCACCGAACGUGGAGUGUUGAGCCACCACCGCUACCAGCACCACCAUUUCUCACUGGUUGUAGGUCGCCAUCUUCAGAAACCUCCACAAUUACUCGCGAUAUCGAAGUUGCAGCUGAAGAUGUUGCGAAUAAAGCGAGCAGUGCAGCUUUCGACGGACCUGACUCGCAGGGUCCAAGUCCAUAUACGACUUUAAGACGAAAAGGAUGCUGGCAGCCCGAAUCCCUACCACCAAGUUCACGAAAUUCACGUCAAGAUUCCUUGUUAGCAUACGCACCAGAGAUAGUAGGUUGGCCACCGACAGGAAGAAUGGCGACAGAAGAACAGCAAGAAAGAUUGGAUUUGACGCGAACAGUAUCUCAUCUAGCAGCAGCCACGCAGCAAUUAGCUACUGCCCAAAAUGUCACUCUAAUGCACCUGGAGUCCGUUUAUGAUGAACUAAAAAGAGAAAGAGAAGGUCGAAGAGCAGUUUUGGAGAGAAGGCAAAAAUGGGUAGAGAAAGAAGCAAAUAAGAAUUACGAUCAACACAUGAGAGGAUUAGAUUAUCAAGUAACUAAUUUAGAUACUCUAUCUAACGAAAGAUUGUCCUCUCAAAAUCAAAGAAAAAUUCUAAGAAAUUUAGAUACCGAUCUGAGAGACCAUCUUGAUAAUGCAGCACAGAGUCUACGCGAGGAAACUGAUGAUAAUUUCGCAGAAAAUGUUUUUGAUCAUGAAGAUCAAGGGGAAUUUACUCCAAAGAUGCGUCAAGACUGCUAUCCCACUUUGGAUCAUGACGAGGAUAGUGAUAAAAGAAAAAUUCAAAGGCAUGCUUGUCUUAUAGGUAAAAAGACUGUAGCUUCGAAAUUGGCUAGGAAGUUUAAAAAGUUUGAUCAAGUUGCAGGAAACAGUUCUUGUAGAAGGGUGACUAUUGCCAAAAACGAGACAGAAGUGCAUGAUAAGAAAUUAUUGAAGGAUGAAAACUACCAGGAUUCAAGAAAUCGAAACGAAGAAGCACCACUCGAUUUGCGUUCGGAAAGACUUAUUCAUAAAAUCGCGAAACUAGGUACAAGGAAGCGCCCCUUACAUAAAAACGAACGAAUGAAUAGAGAUGGUGUUAGUUUUUUGGAUUUAGGAUAUGAUGAUUUGACUGAUGUUCAAGAAGUUGAUGACUCAAGGGAUCGGUUAAUAAAUGCAAGACUGAAGAAUCAUUUGGAGGCUCAGCAACGAGUGAUAGAUAAACUAAACGAAGAUUAUGAGGUAUCUAAACAGGAAUAUAAAUUAACCGAAGAUAGCCUCGUCGAACGCACAGAACAAAUAAGUCAGCUUUCAAAGAAGCUCGACUUAUCGAAACAAGAAAUAGUAAGGCUAUUAAAAGAACUUGAGACAUUCCAAUAUGAAAAGGCUGCUACUGAUACCAAGAUUUCCAACUUGGAACAGGAUCUUUUAAAGAAAGAUAGAAUCAGAAGAGAAGAAUCUGAUGAGACUAAUUCACUAAGGUCAAUGUUGUUAGAAGAAUCUUCUGACAAGAAAAAGUGUUUGAAAGAAUUAGAAGAUGCAAAGGAGGAAAUAAAGAAGCUAAAGCAGAUGAUUGAACCUGAUAAGGACAAUAGAAACUUGCCAAAUCCAGGGACAUCACAACCAGAAGAUUCAACGAAUAACAUAGUUGUAGUUGGAGAGGAGUUCAAAAAGGAACUGAUCUUAAAACGCGAAGCACGCCAACGCGCGAUUGCAGCAGUUUCUUCAGAAAUGGAACGACUUCGAAAAGAAUUAGAUGCUGAAAAAGUUGCACACUCAGAAACUUCAAAGAUUUUGCAACUGUUGAAAUCUGCUCAGUCUCAACCUCUUGCUCCAGCCACAGAUAAAGAUGAAUCUAAUACACAAAUCUGUAAGCGUUGUUCAGAUGAUUUAUCUGAAAAAGUGGAUAAUGUUGAUACCAAUUUGAAGGAAGAAAUUGAAGAAGACGAAGAAUCUGGAUGCUCGGAGGCUAUGCGAUUAUCUGAUCUUUUGAAGAUUUCAGAUGAAGUGAUGAACAACAUUCGCUUCCAGUUAGAAAAGGCUGAAGAUCUUUACUAUCAACUCGACAACUUACCUGAAGUUCACAAGGAUCGAAUCUUAUCGUUAAAGAAGUUAGCAGAUGAUAUGCGUGAAACGCUGAGAUCUAGGGAGCGACAAGUGAGCGAUCUGAAAGAUCGCUUAUCGCAGAUUUUGGUCAGACUUGGAAACCGAACAUUUCUCGACUGUACAGAUGACAUACGGUUAGAACAUAAUCGUCAAUUUGAAGAUCUUCUGAAUUUGCGACGUCUUUACGAAGAACGUUCAAAAGUUUUAACGUAUUUGAAGGACUCGGCAAUUAGAGAUUUAAAAGAUGUCAAGAGUGAAUUGAGAACUUCAAAGAAUAAUAAUGAAAUUUUGGAAGAAGAAUUGAAGAAAGCUGAAGAAAAGAUGGACGUUCACGAUGCGGAAGUUUCUAAUCUUGAAUCCCAGUUGGGUCUUUCCAAAGCUGAUUGUAGGGAUUUGCAAAAUCAGAUGUCCGUUAUUAACAAACUUUUCACACAAAUGCUACUCGGUGCUUCUUCGGCCGAUAUGGAUCUUGAUCGAUUGACUCAAUUAUUACAAGAGAAUCAUGAUUUGAUCAGCGAUAUGACCCGAGAUAGUGGUACGGAGGCUGCAGCUUUACCAAAAUUGCUCCUUGAUCUGAUAGAACAAGUAGAGGGUGGCACCAAAGAAGGAAAAAAUAAUGCUAAUGCAUACAAUGAUGAAAAGAAAGAAGAGGAUGAUCUCCAAGAAGAAAAUAUUGCCCACAAUUUACCUAAGGUGUGGCGUGUUUUAUUGGAACUGAUACGUUGCCACGCGGCAGAAACAUCAGCUACAUCUGUAGCUUCAUCAUCUGCUUCUGAUUGUUGCUAUAAAUCUGUCGAUACACCAACUGGUCCGCAAUUAGUUAUCUCUGUUAGCAAGACUUACAUUCGUCUGAAAGACCUCAUUGUCGAGAAGAAAAGCCUAGAAAAGGAAAUGAAUCGUAUGAAACAAUUGAAUAGCCAUCUGGAGGGAAAAUUGGUUGAGCAGGAAAAGCGACUUUCGACUGUAUCCGAUGAACUAACAAAGACAUGGACCAUAGUGGAUCGGAUGCAAGCCCAACAUCAACAGCUUCACACUCAUGAGAAAAUUUUAAGAUACGAAUUGCAGCAAAAAAGAAAAAUGCUGCAAGAGUUGAAACAAGAAUUGGAAUAUUGCAGAGAGAAAUGGGAGUCAGCUAGACAAAAGAACAAUAAAACUGAAAUUGAGUGGAGGAGUUUACGUCGAGAGUUUGCUGCUAGAAAAGCUUUGUCACACGCAGAUUCGCUGAAUAAUAGUGCUGAAAGUGGUUUCAGUGAUGAACGGGAUGAUGAAUCUGAUGAAGAGGUUGAAGAUGAAGAUGAGAAGCUAGGAAAAAGAGUAAGAAUUAUUGGAUCUCGGAAAAGAAGUCGAAAGGAAAAUUCAAGAGCUGCGACACCUGAUACAGAAUCUGAGCAACCCACCGACACUGAAGUAUCGGAAUCAAAAACAGUUUCGUCUAGCACGUCUGAGCAACAGGUCCUCGAAGAAGAAAGUAUAGAAGAAGUAACAAAUAUUACUGAUGAAGAAUCUGUUCCAGUAAUUAAUGCAGUUUUAGAAACCGAAGUCUUGAAUCCCUUGGAUAGAGCAUUGAGCAACGUCAUUCAAAAUUUAAUAAAAAUAGAUGAAACUUCAUUUACAAACAGCAGUAACGUGGAAGGAAAUGAACCAGAAAAAUCAGAAUUAAUGACACCUGGUCCCUCAUCGGCUUCAGGAUCUCAAAAAUCUACAGGUCACAAGAAGAAAAGUCAUAAAAGGAUGGCUAAGGAUUGGACACCACAAACAUCUUACGAGUUUGAGGACAUAGAAAAUGCCGCUAAAAGAGUGUUUCGAAUUGAGCACAAUUUACAGAAGGCUAAUGAAAAUUUAACUUCUUCACAACAAAAAGAAGAACCAGUUAUUAAAUCAGAUGCGUCCUCGACAUCAAAGGAUAAUUCAAUAUCAGUUCCACUCUCAUCCGUUUUUUCUAUUGGACCAUUUCUUGCAAAAGAUGCUGAGAGUAACAAAUCUGUUGCCUUGAAAGCCGAAAAUUCAUCACUCUUCACAACCAAUGUUAGUGGAAAUGGCUCCUUAACAGGUGAAAAACCAAUUAUCGCUGAACCAGCAAGUGAGAAUGAAAGUCCAAGAUUAGACAUCAUUGUUGAUGAUAAUACUUCUAUAAAUCCGCCAUUGAGCGCAGAGGAAAUCAACGAAGUUAAACCUGAAGAAUUUCUCAAACAUUCUGAAUCUGAUAAUCAGUUGGUUGUCACUUCCUCAACAUCCAGAAGUCCAGAUGAUGUUUUCGCUGCUCGUGCAGCCCGUUUGAAGCGUCUGGAAGAGCAAGCUGAUUGGCUUGUGAAAAAAAUGAACGCAACUAGUCAAAGAGGAUCAGCCCUGAGUACUAGACUUGAAGAACUUCAUGAAACGUACGGAUCAUCUCCUGGUCCACCACCAAUGCCUGAUGUAUUACCAAGUUUUAGAUUGCAAACUGAAAUUAGUUUGAAUCCCCAGGAAUCACCUACGACUUCCUCUCAAAUUGCUCUUCCUUCAGUGAGAAAAGACGUUGAAGAACCAUCCACUCUAGAUGAUGUACCUUGAGUACUUCACAAUAUAAUGACAAAGAUGAUAUUGAUUAUGGAGAUGAUGAUGAUGAUCUAGUCAGAAUCUAGUCAGAAGUUGGAUAGGGUAAAGGAGGUUGUUCUUGGUGAAAUGGAAGAUUUCUUUCCAACAUAUGAGAAAUUAGUGCAUAAGAUGAUGAUUAUACUGUCCUUCUUGGUUAGUUAGCGCAAAGUUAGCAUUUUGCGAAAAAAGACGACUUUGAAAGCUAAUUGUAAUACCUAUUUACUUAUCAUUUUUGUGAGCGUAUCGAUGUCGAUUUUCUGUAGCAUUGUUGUGUUUUUAUAUAAAAUAUAUAUAAAAAAAAACAGUU